AUGUGCGACUGGGAAGAGUUUCUCUUCACCUGUAACCACUCUAUUGUACGGCUGAAAUCGUAUUGCCACUUCGCCCGCAAUGAUCCGAACCACCAAUGCUUCGGCGUCAAAGUUCUCCGCAACUCGUGGAAGCAGAGCGUUCCGUGCGACAACUGCAUCUUGGCCUGGCACAGUGGGGGGCACCCGAGCUUCCCUGCCGGCCUAGAGUGCAUUGAUGGCCAGAGUCGCCGUCGCUGA